AUGACCGAGUCCUUCCGCGAGUACUACGAAGCGUUCAAAGACCUCCGGUCCGAGGCAGCGGCCGUCAUCCGCCUCAUUCCCGACGCGCCGGCAGACCGCCGCACGGCCCUCGAGCGCGACGCGCGCGACCGCAUCGAAGAAGUCGAGCGCUACGUGCGCAUCCUUGGCCAAGAAGCGCUUGGCGGCGACGCCCACAUGAAGCGCAAGAUGCAGACGCAGCUGCAUAGCUGCAAGUCGGACCUCGAGAAGCUACACAACAACCUCUCGAAAGCGCUCUUGGUCGGCGCGGCCCACGAGCGGAGCACGGGCACGACGACCGUGACGGUCCAGGACCGACUCGACCGCACCGGCGCCGUCUUGAACGACGCCAUCACAACGAUCGAAGAGACGCGUGGCGUCGCGAUUCGG